UCAACAAAUGUCACUUUGACAUUUUUUUCAUAAUUAAAAUAAAUCUUAUUGUAAUUCAAAAUAAAGAACUUACAAUAAGACUAUUACUAUUACGAAAAAUGUUGAACUAAUAAGACAGUUUCAAAGAAAGAUUUGUAUCACUACGAUAAUAUGACAUCAAAACUGCCGAAAACGACUCUUAAUUUGAAACAGUUUCUUCUGAGACAAGAAGUGUUAAAAUUAUAUAGAGACAUAUUUAGAACAUUACGAAAAAUAUCAGAUGAAAACACACGUUCGGAACUUAAGGAAUGGGCUAGGAGUGACUUCAGAAAUAACAAGCGUCAUACAGAUGAGACAGCUAUCAAAAGUAUGUUAUAUUAUGGAAGAAAAUCAUUGAAAGAUUUAGAAAAGUCUUUGGCAUUGAGUAAAAGUUGAUAUAGACUUUUAAUUAAAACAUAGCUGUCUGAAUUUAAUUAGUGAUUGUAAAUAACACCUUCAUUCUAAUAUAUU